UGUUCAAAUAUUUUUAUUUUGUCAUUAGUGUCAUUUCUUGUCAAAAUGGCAAACAUCUCCCUUCGAAUUUUGCUCAAAUUCAAAACCUUUCCUCAAUUAUCAAUAAAAAGGGGUAAACAUCACGCUUGGUACCCCGAUGCCGAGUACAUGAAACAGUUUGACGGUCCCGUCAUGUACCCUGACAAACUCACCUCUAAACUUAAACUACCCCCUUUCAACGCAAAACGACUCCCUCUGGAACGUAAAGUCACCAACAUGAUUAUCAAUUUUGGUCCCUGCCACCCGGCAGCUCACGGAUGUCUCAGAAUGAUAACAGAGUUGGACGGCGAAAUUGUUCGUCAUCUCGACCCCCAUAUCGGACUCCUCCAUCGAGGUACCGAAAAACUCAUUGAGUAUAAAACCUACAACCAGGCUAUUCCGUAUUUUGACCGCUUGGACUACGUCUCGCCCAUGUGCAGCGAACACGCAUUUUGUCUAGCUGCUGAAAAAUUGCUCAAUAUUGACAUUCCAAGGAGGGCGAAAUUUAUUAGAGUCCUGUUUGAUGAAAUAACGCGUUUAAUGAACCACAUGGCAGCCACGUCUUUUCUAAUUUUAGACGUGGGGGGAAUUACUCCACUAUUCUGGCUGUUUGAGGAGCGAGAGAAAUUGAUGGAGAUUUACGAAAGGGUGUGUGGGGCCCGGCUGCAUGCUAAUUAUUACCGCAUUGGGGGCGUCAACCAGGACAUGCCGAUUGGACUUUUGCAUGAUAUUCACAAUCUUGUAUCCAAGUUCGGUGAAAGGAUAGAUGAAGUCGAGGAUUUGGUAACCGAUAAUAGGCUUUUUAUUGCACGAACACAAAAUAUCGGAUGCGUCCCGGCAGAAGAUGCUCUCAAUUCGGGAUUUUCCGGAUGUAUGUUGAGAGCGUCUGGAAUAAAAUGGGAUUUGCGCAAGAAUAAGCCUUACGAGAUUUACGACGAAUUAGAAUUUGAUGUCCCUGUUGGCUCUAAUGGAGACAUCUACGACAGAUUCAAGGUGAGAUUAGAAGAAAUGCGUCAAUCGGUUCGUAUCGUAGAGCAAGUUAUCAAUCAAAUGCCACCAGGAGAAGUUAAAUUGGACGAUCAUAAAAUUUCGCCUCCCAACAGACGAGAAAUGAAGUCAUCUAUGGAAGCUGUUAUUCAUCAUUUUAAGAUAUUUAGUCAAGGGUUUCAUGUACCACCGGGGUCUACAUAUACUUCUAUAGAGCAUCCAAAAGGAGAAUUUGGUGUCUACUUGGUUUCUGAUGGCAGUUCGCUACCGUAUCGUUGCAAAAUACGAACUCCAAGUUUUAUACAUCUCUCCGGAAUUAAUCGUAUGGGAAAAAACCACUUUUUGGCCGAUGUCGUUGCAAUUCUUGCGACAUUGGAUAUCGUGUUUGGCGAUGUAGACCGAUGAUUCAACAUUUUUUUUAAAGGGUAAUGAAGAUUAACAGUUUUCGGAUAAUGGAGUCAUUUAAGAAUGCCUGAUUUAAAAAUAAGAACUGGCCAGUAAAGUAUUUAAUUCUUCUUCAUAGGAAUGUUUAUCACUUGUUAUACACUCAGAAAAUGCCUCAAAAACAUCAACAAUAAGUCGGGAUACAAAAGUUGUGGCUGAGAAUAGUCAAAUAAAUCUUUAACAUUUAGUGUUUUGUAAGAGCAUUAUAAAUAAUAAGAUUAAUUUUGUGUCUGAUAAAAA